AAAACACUUCUGGAGGAUUGAUUCAUGACGGUUAAACAUAUGAUUUCGACAUUUUGAUAAUCAACAAUAUAAUACACGAGUAAAACCACCUGUUGUGCAAUAUAUUAAAAGUACUAAAUCUGCAAUUUAUUUAAAGUUGAAAUUUCUAAAAUUAGUAAUUAAUAAUCAGAGAAUUUGUUGAGUAUGUCAACUGCAAGUUGGAACGAUCUCAGAAUUAACCAACAAGUUUGUGAUGGCGUGAUCAAAACGCCAGACGGAGGAUCUUUUCCAAUCCACCGAGUGAUCCUGAGUGCGUUCAGUCCUUAUUUUCGUGCUUACUUCACCAACAGCCUGAAUAACGGAAAUCCUGAAUUCACAGAAAUGGUUAUAUCAGACGUAUCUUCUGAGAUCAUUGGCUUAAUUAUUGAGUUUGCCUAUACACAAAGCUGUCCGGUAGUGAUGACCAACGUUCACGCACUCAUGAUCGCAGCUGACAAGCUAUCUUGUUUGCCUGUAGUCAACUUCUGCAGCGACUUUAUCUCCAGAAACAUCUCUUCUACGAAUUGCAUCAGCACUUGGAAGUUUGCAAAAAGUUACUUCUGCCGAGAUCUUGAGGUGAAAUCAUGGCAGUACAUCUGUGACCACAUAGAGACCGUGAUGUUAUCACCAGAGUUCAAGACUUUGACAGCUGAUGAGUUGACAAAACUCCUGUCGGCCGAUGAGUUAAACGUGAAACAAGAAGAGGUGGUGUUCGAGGCUAUAUCUCGCUGGGUGUUGGUGGACCCCCCUUCUCGGCAACAACACGUCUCUCAGUUGCUGCAUUGUGUCAGAUUCGGACUCGUAUCUUUAGAGUAUUAUUGUGACGUGAUCAGAUCGUUUCCAUUUAACACUGAGGAAAGUCGAGAGCUGCUGAGUACUAUUGAUGUCCUGUUUGACACAUGUGAAGAUGCUUACUACUACCGGUACUGCUAUUUUCGACCUAGGAUACCUAACGAGGUGAUAUUCACGUUCGGUGGAUGGACAGAGGGAAGUCCUACAGAUGUUAUUGAAACAUAUGAUAAGAGGUCUGACUGCUGGUAUUUAUCGAAUAUUAAGGACCUGAGAAUUCGAGCGUAUCAUGCAGUGAUCGAGCUGAACAACCUGAUCUACGUUAUUGGCGGAUUCGAUGGUGCAGAAUACUUCAGUACUAUGCAUUGCUUUGACCCCUCUAACUACAGCUGGGCCGAAAAGGCAUGUAUGCACGAUGUACGUUGUUACGUCAGCAUAUGUUCCCUGGACGGAGAGAUCUAUGCUAUUGGUGGCUUUAACGGUCGUGCACGACUAAAUUCUGCAGAGAAGUACAAUCCAUCGUUGAACCAGUGGACUAUGAUCGCUUCUCUGAACAAAAUAAGAUCAGACGCGAGCGCUGCCACUCUAAACGGCAAGAUUUUCGUUGCCGGUGGGUUUAGUGGACACGAGGUUAUGCGUUCGGUUGAAGUGUACAGCCCCGUCACCGGCCACUGGGACUUCGUGGACUCCAUGACCACACCUCGAUCCGGCGUCAGCCUAAUCACUCACGGUCGCUACAUAUAUGCCUUAGGCGGUUUUGACGGCGUCACCAGACUCAACUCUUGUGAACGAUUUAACUCCACGUACAAUAGAUGGGAUCGAAUAGCAGACAUGAUCAGUCCCAGGAGUAAUAUGGCUAGUGUAAUCGUUGACAACAGCAUUUUCGUAAUAGGAGGUUAUAAUGGUUCAUGCACGAUUCCAUAUACGGAGUUCUAUGUCGAAGAAGAAAAAACUUGGUACGAAUCGUCACGCAUGAAUAUCAAUCGUAGUGCUUUAUCGGCGUGUGUAUGCCGUGGGCUUCGUAACGCGAGAAGUUACACGUUCCUGGGCGUAGCGGUCGACCCGACAGAGCGAUACACCGAGGGUGAGUGGAUAAAGAUCAAAGAUUAAAAGCUGAAAAUAUUUCAAUUAAUAGUGGACUCAAUUCCUGUAUAGUGAAACAGUUCUACUAGAAGAAACGGCUUAAAAGUUUUUAUUGUAGCAUUGAGUAAAAAUAUAUUUAACACACUGCAACUUAAGUUCUAAAUUUAAGACAUAAAUAUAUUAUCUAGUGAGUAGAUUAUUUAUACAACAUGUUUUUAUUUGUAUACGUAUUAUUGAUAUUUGUAAUUAAUAAAUCAAUACAAAUUUAUAUGUAUAGUCAAAUGUUUAUGUUAAAUAAGAACAAAUUAUACUUUUUUAUAUUUAAAAAUA